AUGGGGAUGGGACAAUUCAAAUUAGAAGUGGCAGCCUUUCGCUCGCACGUGUUUAGCGAGAUUCUUAUACGGUAUCGUCCUCGUCCUAGCCCUAUAAAUUGCGAACCCAUGGUAAAAAAGCAAAAGAAGGCCUCAGAAGACCAACGGAAACCAAUAAAAAAACAGAGCAGAGACACAGGAAUAUUGUCAAAGGAGAUGGGAAGUGAAGCCGAGAUUGUCAGGAAACCAAGAUUUCUUUGCCUCCAUGGAUUCAGAACAAGCGGAGCGAUUCUGAAGAAACAGAUGGAGACAAAGUGGCCUCAAUCAGUGUUGGAAAAGAUUGAUCUAGUUUACCCUGAUGCUCCUUUUCCGGCGCAGGGGAAAUCCGACGUUGAAGGGAUCUUUGAUCCUCCUUAUUACGAGUGGUUUCAGUUCAAUAAGGAAUUUACGAGUUACACAAACUUUGAAGAGUGCCUUGCUUAUAUCGAAGAUAUUAUGAUCAAGCAAGGACCAUUCGACGGUCUCCUUGGUUUCUCACAGGGAGCUAUCUUGUCAGGUGGGUUGCCUGGACUGCAGGCGAAGGGUGUGGCUCUCACAAAAGUUCCCAAAAUAAAGUAUUUGAUAAUAAUUGGAGGGGCAAAGUUCAGGUCAGAAUCAGUGGCGGAGAAAGCGUAUUCUUCCCCCAUUCAAUGCCCAUCCCUCCACUUCCUAGGAGAGACAGAUUUCUUAAAGCCAUAUGGAUUGGAGCUCUUGGAAUCCUGUGUAGACCCUGUUGUCAUUCAUCAUCCAAAGGGCCACACUAUUCCCAGAUUUGAUGAAAAAGGAUUGGAGAGAGUGACGAGCUUCCUGGACAGGAUUCAAAAGAUGUUGCCUGAGAAACAAGAAAAGGAAAUAUACUCCACGGCCACUGAAGAUGCUUUGGAAGCAUAAAACAAGAAUCGUUUAAUUAUUAGCUACUUAGCUUGUAAUGGCGUUGAUUAUAGUCCAAUGGACUAGAAUUGGUUAUUUUCCCAAAAAAAAAAGAAAUAUUUAAAAUUGAAAAUCAAUCAUGAAAAUUAAAAAAAUUAUCAUAUUUAAAAAAA